AUGAUGGACCUGAAUCUGGUGAGCCUGUUGGGCAAGCGAGAUGAUAUUCUUAACCCAAACAACGAUCCCAACGUGGGCUCUUCUCGCGGCGAUGCGUCCACCGAUGCGAGCGACGUCAUUUCCAGCCUGGGCGUGAGCAGCAGUUCGACGUCGCUGUCGGCACUGGUGACGACUCUGGUGCCCGCCCUGGUCAUUGCUACCUUCUGGUUCACUUUGUUCUUGAUCUGUCGUCGAACGCAGCAGCGCUGGUAUGCGCCGCGAAGUCAUCUUCCAUGCUUACACCAGCACGAACGGAGUCCUGAGCUGCCAUCUGGGUUUGUCAACUGGUUUGGCGCCUUCUUCAAGAUCUCCGACUCCCACGUUCUUCAUCACUCCUCACUGGACGGCUAUCUCUUCCUUCGCUUCCUGAGGGUGCUCUGUGCAACGUGCUUCUUUGGUUGCCUAUUGACGUGGCCGAUUCUGCUGCCGAUUAAUAUCACUGGAGGCAAUGGCAACACGGAGCUGGACGCCCUGAGUUUCAGCAAUGUCAAGAGUCCGAAGAGAUACUACGCCCAUGCAGUGGUGGGAUGUGUCUUUUUCACCUUUGUCUUUUACGUCGUGACGCGGGAGAGUCUGUUUUAUGCCAACCUUCGACAGGCGUAUCUCAACUCACCGGCGUACGCUCACCGGGUCUCAUCAAGGACGGUGUUGUUCAUGUCUGUGCCCGAGGACUACAAGAGCGAAGAAAAGCUGCGGCAGGUGUUUGGCGAGUCAUCUGUACGCCGGAUCUGGAUUACAUCGGACUGCAAAAAGCUCAUGGAAAAGGUGGACGAGAGAGACGAUCUGGCCUACCGUCUCGAGAAGGCCGAGACUCGGCUGAUUCGGCGCGCAAACUCGGCGCGGUUGAAGGCCCUGAAAAAGGGCCAUCUCAGCGCAGAUCCAUGUGCGGACUGCGAAUUCGGGGAGCAUGCGUGGUCCCACAAGCUUCGUCGCCCGAUGCAUCGCCUAAAGUUCUUCGGAAAGAAAGUGGACACCAUCAGUUGGCUCCGCUCAGAGCUGGCCAAGACCAUCGAGGAGGUGAACAACCUUCAACAGAAACACCGCAACGGGGAUGUCAAGCAUCUGUCGGCUGUGUUCAUCGAGUUCAAGUCCCAGGCCGACGCCCAGGUCGCUUUGCAGACGCUGUCUCACCAUCAACCCAUGCACAUGACCCCUCGUUUCACCGGUAUCGCUCCGAGGGAAGUGGUCUGGUCGGCUCUUAACCUCAGCUGGUGGCAGCGCAUCAUGCGCAAGUUCAUGGUUCAGGGCGGCAUUGCUGCCCUGGUGGUGUUUUGGUCGUUUCCCGCGGCCAUUGUCGGAACUAUAUCCAACAUCACCUACCUCUCGAGCAUCAUUCCCUUUUUGGGAUGGAUAGAAGACCUCCCAGAGAUCAUCAAGGGCACAAUCGCCGGGCUGUUGCCUUCUGCCGCUUUAGUCUUGCUCAUGUCCCUGGUUCCUGUCAUUUGCCGAAUUUGUGCUCGGCGUGCUGGUGUACCGUCCCUUGCUCGUGUAGAGCUAUUCACGCAAAGUGCACACUUCUGCUUCCAGGUUGUCCAGGUCUUCCUCGUUACGACUUUAACGUCAGCAGCAUCUGCUGCUACUGCUCAGAUCAUCAAGAAUCCACUAUCGGCCAAGGACCUCCUGGCCGAGAAUCUGCCCAAGGCCACGAACUUUUACAUCUCUUACUUUCUUCUGCAAGGAUUAGCUAUGAGUUCUAUGGCAAUUGUGCAGGUGAUGGGUGCCCUCGUUUUCAAAUUCAUUGCUGCCUUUUUCGACCAUUCGCCCCGAAACCUCUACCGAAGGUGGACUGCGCUCAGCGGGCUCGGCUGGGGGAAUGUCUUUCCCGUUUUCACCAACAUGGGCGUGAUAGCUUUGACCUAUUCAUGCAUUGCUCCCCUUAUUCUCGGCUUUGCCUUUGUUGGCCUCUACCUGGUCUACCAAGCGUACCGCUAUAAUUUUUUCUUCGUCUACGACAUCAACAUCGAUACCAAGGGCCUCGUAUACCCACGCGCUCUACAACAUCUCCUGACGGGCCUGUAUCUUGCGGAUAUCUGCAUGAUUGGUCUCUUUGCAAUCAAGGGCGCCAUCGGUCCGCUCAUCAUCAUGGCUCUCUUCCUCAUCCUCACCACCCUCGCCCACAUCUCCCUCAACGAGGCCCUCGCCCCCCUGAAUUCAUUCCUCCCACGCACCCUGGAUGCCGAGGAAGAACUCAUCCAGGCGAAAGAGGAAGCCCAGCUUCUGGCCCAGCCGCCACGCUCCCGCUGGUCUUCCGUCUUCAAAUGGUUCCACCCGGAUCUGUACCGUGACUAUGCCGCCCUGCGGCGCAAAGUCAACCGACAUAAUGUCGAAAUCCGGUACUCGGAGGAAGAACUUCGCAACGCAUACUUUGAGCCGUGCAUCAACUCCCCGACGCCCAAGCUGUGGAUCCCUCGGGAUAAAUGGGGGUUCAGUGCCCAGGAGAUCAUGGAGACGGACCCGACCAUCCCCAUCACGGACGAUGGCGCCCAUCUGGAUGAAAAGAAUAAGAUUGUCUGGGACAAAUACGAUUCGAAAGUACCUUUGUGGGAGUUGAAGGUUCUGUAUUGA